AUGGUUGUUGCUGUAGCACCAUCAACGUCCAUCAACACCGAAAAAGUAUGGAAGAUGCAAAAAUAUCAGCAAAGAUUGGCUGAGCAUGAGACAACAAAGAAACGAUUUCGAAUUCUCUUUUUUGGUGUCAACGAUCAAGAGGAAGACGAAGAGGAUGGAAAAAAAGAGUCGAACGAGAAAGACAACAAAUGUAUUAACGAAGGUGAUCCCACAAAUGACAAGGACAAAGCUGCGAAACAAUUGGUUGUGGUAAUGUAUCGUGAUAGGAAGGAUAACUCAGUCAGCGGAGAGGAAGACGAUGAGGAAACUACUUACCAGCCAGUAGCAGAACCAGCAACGAAAUCGAAUGCUGCUCAACGAAAGGCGGGCGCGAUCCGACCACAAACAAAUGUUGCGCAGAAGAGGCAGUCAGGGGAAGUGACGUCGAAGAUGCAAGCAGGAAAAGCCAUCCCAUCAUCAAAAGUUCCAACGGCACAACAACAAAAGAACAUCGCGCAAUUAGAUGACAGUCUCAUUGGUACGAAAACUUGCCGGGAGAACAAGAAUUUCGAGCAGCGACCACAGGUGGCUGGUAAAUAA